CGGAGUUUCCACGGUGCAUUGGGAAAGGGAUGGAUGCAAUGUUCCAAUGCUUCAAGCUUUGAGGCGAUCAGCUACUGGAGCUAUCCGGUUGCCCUUGACAGUCUCAUAUAUUUUCUCUGUGCCACAUUGAAGCAUCAUUACCAUCCACAGCAAUAGCUCUAUCAAUAACAACUACUGUACUCUUCUUGCAGCAAGUCAGUUUUCCGCCAUGACAAUGAUCGCCCCAUCUCCGCUGCAGAAUGUCGGCAAAGCUUCUGCUGGCUUUAAUUGUCUUGCAUCGACGUUGGAGUCUCUGGUAAUUGAAUGUGCCAUGGAAGAGGCUCGGUCCAAGGAACUUGGAAGCACUACUACUGCUGCUACAAGCAAUCCCUACGAAAUGAAUGUUCAGGAUUAUGAACAGGUCCAACAACUGCCCGGCAAUGACGUGUGUGCCGACUGCGGCAGCCACGAUACCGAAUGGGCGUCGGUCACCUACGGCAUUUUGAUCUGCACGAGCUGCAGCGGUCAGCAUCGAUCCUUGGGGACGCACAUUAGUCGAGUUCGAUCAGUCAAGAUGGAUUCCUGGUCGGAACCACACGUCCAACGCAUGAAGGCAGGAGGCAAUGGAGUGUGGAACGACUAUCUCGCCACCGAAGCUACUGCCGCCACUAGCAUUCGAGAAAAGUACGAUUCUCCAGUGGCCAGAAAGUACCAAACAGUCCUUCAAGCUAGGAUGGAACAAGCUGAGGAGGAAGUAGGCAGUGGACGCCGAACGAGCCGUAGUAGCCGUAUCAGCAGCGGCAGCAUCCGACGCUCCAUCAGCCCUGUUCCACUUGGAUCAUUGCUUUCACGCCAAUCCUCGGUCUCUGCGACACCCACCAUCACCUACCUGGGACGUAGCUUUCCUGCUUCCUCGAUCAAGUGCAGUGGCGCCAUGGUUCCUCUCAGCCGGAAUAGCAGCAUUGGUUCCAACAGCUCCUUUUCGUCAUUGGACCGGUCCAGACAAAGCAUGAGCCUUGGCAGCAGCAGCCACAACAACAAUCCCAUUAUGCAACCACUGAUGCAAGCAUUGGAGCAGGCCAAUAAUUUGUUUCAACAACAACCGCAACCGAACAUUGUCGAGCGGUACACCAAUCACCCCGUCUCCAACUUGUUCUUUAGUCGAGAAGACAUUCUGGAGAUUACAUCGGAUAAGGAAGAGUUUGAACGACUCAAGCGAUCCCUCAGACACAAUGGAGCUGUCACCAAUCAAGUCGUCAAGCAGCGCAUGUUUGCUUUUGUUGCCAACCGAAGAAAGAGAAAAGAGCAACAGAAAAAGGCUUGAGGAUGCCCUUUUGCCUGUAUGAUUCACUAUAUAUAUAUUUGCAUCUAUUCGUUUCAUACGCCACAGAAAAGAAUACUGAUUGGAAGCCAAAUCAGAAAAUGAUCUAAUGCAUUCACCGAUUUAUUGAUUACAUCUAUAGAGAAAACGGGGUAGCUACUCGAUAGAUCUACGAAUGUUGGCUUACCUAGAAAUAGGCGCAAUCCAAGUUCCUCCUCC